CCGCCCGCCGCGCACCUGCCGCGGGCCGCCCCCCCCCCCGCCGGCGCAGGAGGCGGGCGGGGGCGGCGGCCGCCCGUGCCCGGCGUGUGCCAGGAGCCCGCCGGUGCCGCAGGAGGAGCAGGAAGCGCCCUGGCAAAUCCAGCCUCGCUAUCACAUGACUCAGCAGCCGCCGCCGGGCUGAGUUCACCCAGCGCCGCGCCGGGAGGGGGAAACCUGCCGCCGCCGCUGCUGCUGCGAUGAGCCCGCGGCCCCGCGGCUACCCCUGAGCGCGCCGAUCCCUCGCCCGGCUCCUUGCGGCCCGGCGCCCCCAUUGCGGAAGCGCGGCGGGGGCUGCCGGAGCCGCCACCGCAACAGCAGCGCUGCCCGCCGGCGCGUCCCGCUCCCCGCCCUGCGCGGCGGCUCCGGCGCUGCCGCCGCCGGCGGGGGUACUAUGCUCACGCGGGUGAAGUCCGCCGUGGCCAAUUUCAUGGGCGGCAUCAUGGCUGGCAGCGCGGGCGCCGACCACGGCAGCGGCGCGGACUUGCCCCUCCGCUUCCCCUACGGGAGACCCGAGUUCCUGGGACUGUCCCCGGACGAGGUGGAGUGCUCCGCGGACCACAUCGCCCGCCCCAUCCUCAUCCUCAGCAAGGAGACCCGGCGUCUGCCCUGGACCACGGGCUACGCGGAGGUAAUAAAUGCAGGGAAGAGCACGCACAAUGAAGAUCAAGCCAGCUGUGAAGUCCUCUUUGUCAAGAAGAAAGCUGGAGGCCCUAAUUCUACACCAAACAAGAACUCUUCUGCAAAACGGAGGUCAUCGCUGCCCAAUGGAGAAGGUCUCCAGCUGAAAGACAAUUCGGACACAGAUGGCAUCAACCUGUACUACUGGUCCCUGUUUGAUGGACAUGCUGGGUCAGGGGCAGCUGUGGUUGCUUCCAAACUGCUGCAGCACCAUAUCCUGGAGCAGCUGCAGGAGAUCGUGGACAUCCUGAGGAACACGGCUGUCCUCCCACCCACCUGCCUGGGAGAGGAGCCCGACAACCCGGCCACCAACAGCAGGACGCUGACACGGGCAGCCUCCCUGCGUGGUGGUGUGGGGGCCCCGGGCUCACCCAGCACCCCUCCAACACGAUUCUUCACCGAGAAGAAGAUCCCACAUGAGUGCCUGGUUAUGGGAGCCAUAGAAAGUGCAUUUAAGGAAAUGGAUUUGCAAAUAGAACGAGAGAGGACCGUGUAUAAUAUUUCUGGUGGCUGCACAGCCCUUGUGGUGGUGUAUUUAUUGGGGAAGCUUUACGUGGCAAACGCUGGCGAUAGCAGAGCUAUAAUAAUCCGAAAUGGCGAAGUCAUUCCAAUGUCUUCAGAAUUCACUCCAGAGACCGAACGUCAGCGACUUCAGUAUCUGGCUUACAUGCAGCCCCACUUGCUAGGAAAUGAGUUCACGCAUUUAGAGUUUCCACGGAGGGUGCAGCGCAAGGAAGUUGGAAAGAGGAUGCUCUACCGUGACUUCAACAUGACUGGCUGGGCAUACAAAACCAUUGAGGAAGAUGACUUGAAGUUUCCCCUUAUAUAUGGAGAAGGCAAGAAGGCUCGGGUUAUGGCAACAAUUGGAGUGACCCGAGGACUGGGAGACCAUGACCUGAAAGUGCACGACUCCAAUAUAUACAUCAAACCUUUCCUGUCCUCAUCUCCUGAGGUGAGAGUCUAUGACCUCCUGCAGUACGAGCAUGGGCCAGAUGAUGUUCUGAUCCUAGCUACUGAUGGACUCUGGGAUGUGCUGUUAAAUGAAGAAGUGGCAGAAGCUGUCACUAACUUUCUACCAAACUGUGACCCCGAUGAUCCCCACAGGUACACGCUGGCGGCACAGGACUUGGUGAUGCGAGCCAGGGGAGUGCUGAAGGACCGGGGCUGGCGAAUAUCCAACGACAGGCUGGGCUCUGGAGACGACAUCUCUGUCUACGUCAUCCCUUUAAUACACGGGAACAAACAGUCGUGAAAUUAGCAUCAAGAGUGGUUAUAGGAUGGGGAUCAUUUUGGGAAGGGCCUGUAAGAGACAAUAUGUUUUUCGUGACCUGACCAGGACACUUCCAAUUGAUGUAAUCUAUUCAAAACUAAUGCUGGAGGGGUAUUCUUCUGCCCGAAAGGUAGGGCUCUGCACAUAUACUGUAUAUGAUUAAAGAUAACCCUUAAGAUUACAAUUUCCCUAUAGAAAUGGUUUUGGUGCUUAACAGGAAUGGGAUUUAAAUGCUGCUAGCAUAUUAUGGAUUCUGUUAUCGCUCCAGGGAACUUUUUUUUUUCCCCUCAGUUUACCAUGUAGCUUGGAAGAGCCAUUUCAGUUGUGAAAGUAGAAGUAGGUAUGAGAAGUCAAGGAGGCUCCUGAAAUCUACCCCCAAAUAUUCAGAAGGUGACUUGAGUCACAUCUCAUUUAAAAAUACCUAUAUAUACAUAUAUGAGAAUCAAGAGUUUUCUUCUUUCAAAAAGUUGCAUUCAUGACUUACCUAUGGACAACCUAUGUGUAAUCCUUUGAACCCCCAUUUUUCUCUCCUGUCUCUUCUUCAGUAGACUAUAGUCCUGUAUUUUAGUAGGAGAACUGAAAUUGUUUUUUCAGCGUGACUAUGCCUGUUUACUGCAGCUAAAACAGCCACCUGCAAAAUUGUCCAGGAGAAAUAGGUCACAGUCCUGUAUGGCAAGAUUUGUUCUAGUGUGAGGAGUUAUUUGUCAAGAUUCCCUGUUGUGUGUAUACCAUGAUUAUACAGAGCACGUAAACUCAGCUUUGUGUGAUGUUUACCUGGAGGCCAUGGUUUCUUUGGAAUCGGAGAUUUUCAUUCAUUGAAUGGUUCUGCCUGCUUUAUCCUGUUGAAAGGAUCCCUGACCAUACAGCUUCUGCAUCAGUUGGGAUUCAGUAAAUUUAUUUGGGCUCCUGAGUGUAUUUUUAGUUGGAUUCCUACUUGAAGUGGUGGUAUUGUACUCGUUAUCAAUUUGGAUACCCAGAUAGUGAUCUAUUUAAAAGUCAUUUCACUUCUUCCUGCCUCACUUAUUAUUCAGUACACCUUUGUCUGCUUGAGUUGGUGAUCAGAAAGUGACAGCUUAAAACUUUGUCCUCUUGGUAUCGAGGACUGUAGUCAAGGAUUGAAAGAUCACUGUGAUAGAUAUAAGCCCUUGACUAGCUUCAGCAGUUUUUUUUCUUAGCAGUGCUGAAUCAAUUUAAAUAAAGAAAAUAUGAGUAAAACAUUAUCAGAGUAAUAGUCCAAGAGGGAAACAGCUGAGUGAACCUGCAGCUUAAACUGGCUGCCUGGUCUUCAAGCAGGCAGCGCUCACUUCAUUGGCAGGAAUUGAAGAGAAAACAAACCCAAACAGAAGGCUCUAGCGUACAGGCAGGUGUAGUGGCUGGGGAGACAGAUUCAACCUGAUUUGCCCCCCUUGAGCUGCUGAUCUGGCUUGUACUUCUUGGCUAGCCAAAAGAUGGGGGGCUGACAUAAUUGUAGGGCACUGACUAGGCAGCUCACAAAUGUUGCGUCCUUUCCAAAGGAGAAAGAGGAUGCUGUGCCCUUUGCAGACUUUCUCCUGAGCAGGCAUGGCCUAGAGCUUGCCAGUUUUGUAAUUUAUAACGUGCUACAUAAACACCGUGCAGCGCAUGUGUGGUACAGCUGCUGAGAUGCUUUCUUUGAUUGCAUCCGGAGGUACACGUGCAACAGUCUCGGUGGAUUCAAACCACCCUUGCUCUAAAUCUGUAGACCCGGUAGGAUUUCAGGUUGAGAGGAGGCAAUGCAGAGUGUGCAAUGGCUCAAACGUGCAGCAGGCUGCAUGGGUUUAGCCUGGAAACUGUUCCGUGCAUUCCCCAGUGCCUGCAUGUGAUAAAGCUGUGCAGAACACGGAUGUUUUAUAUUCUAGAGCUUCAGCAUAAAUCAAUGGCAUAUCUGAUUAUGUGUUGUCAUGCUUUAUCUAUUCUUUCCUUAUUUUUUUUUUCCCCUUUACCUCUUUUUCUAUGUGUAGCUGGGUGAAAAGAGAGGUUUGGAGCCUAGAAUAUUUUUCACGUGGCCCCUCAUAUGUUUUAAAGUUCAAGCAAGAGAUUUUCUCUUGCACUUUUUUUUUUGGCCUAAUAAACUUGUAAACAUGCUUUUCAUGCUCUGUGUAACUCCUGUUGUCUCUUCGCAAAUGCAGUUGUGUAAUCCUCUAGCAAUUCAAAUCCUCUUUCACAAAGAAACUAAUGCUGGCAAUUCUGGCGGAGUCAUCUGAACAGCAAAGAAGCUGAUGUUUGCUGGUACCAACUACAAGCUUGAGUCAAAUAUUUCAUCGCCCAUGCAGUCUUCAUUAUUUGGUAACAUGGUGUCUAGAAACAUACCAGUCAUUGUAAAACCAUUGAGUACAAUGUGGUGGAAAUAAAUUUCCAGUGUAGCAUUUGCCAAAAUUUAAAACUGUGCUUUCAAGCCAGUGGAAAAUGCACCUUCUUUUUUAGGGGUAUUUUUUAAACGUACCCCUGGAGAGAUGGGUUAGCAGAGUACAUGGCUUGGUGGGAGCAAACUGACUGGUGACUUCUUAGAGCAAAAUCUCGUGGGCGCUGGUGUGGCCUCAUGAAUUGGCCUCCGAUACGUGGUUUGCUCAUCUGAGGCGUUACUGUCAGUCAGCCUGCUUCUCUGCAGCGGCUGUGCCCAAGUGGAGGUGUGCUAGCUGUCAGCCCCUCUCCUGGAAAUGGUAGAAGUACAGUAUCAACAAUUAACAUCAAUUAGCAUCAAUUAAUACAUUCUGAGAACUUUAAAGGAUAAUAAAAAGCUUCCUACUCAGAUGUAUGUGAUUGAAACUAUGCAGUGACAUAUUUUGUUCUGCUUUUUUACAGAGUAUCUGUUACACAUUUACAUGCUUGCCCUCCUAGAGUGUCUCUGGUACGUCUCUGAUACGCUGCGUUAGUACUUGGGCUUUCACUUCUAUCUGCUUUCACUAGGAGCUUCUUACAUGCCUGUGCUGCGUUCUGUGCUCUGCUUCAAGGCAUGGUAUAAAUACAUAUACACCCCAAAGCAUCAUAUAAAUAGGAGGCAGGAGUCAUCUAUUGGGGAGGUAAGAAGAGCAAGAAUAAUUAAAAGCAUUCCCAAUUCCUUUUAUAGGUUGAAUUCUUUUGGGAGUCACAGCGUUAGAAAUCCCUGAUGGCGGGGAGGAUCCAUGGUGCACAAUAGCAUUUUUCAGACAGGCAUGGGAUGGGCAUUGCCCUGCUCAGACUUGCAGCUGCUCCAGGGCUCAGUGAUGCUCCUGAGUUAGGAGCAGGCAGCUCACCUCCUCAAACUGGAGCAAGUUGGGCACCAAAUCCAAGUUCUAGAUCCUUGGUAUGUCAUCUUAGUUUUACUGCCUGAUGCCAGCAGCACGACGGCGUUUUGCCAGUGAAGUUCCCUUAGUAUCCACAAUUGUUUUAAGCCUUAGUAGCAAGGAACCUCAGUCCUGAGUUGCACCUGUAUUUGUAUCGUUAUUGCACAGCGCGGUGCCCUUGCCCCUGCCUUGGCACUGCUCAGAGUCAGGCAAAUUCUCGUCCUUCCUUGGACAGUGGCAAGGGAAGGAAGUAGCAUGCACAUAGUUCAGGUUAGCUGACAGCGCAGUGUAACGCUGUCUUCUGGUGCCUACUCCUACUCCAGUCCAAUUUCUAGAAACUCAAACCCAAGAAGCUUUUACCAUUCUCCUGUGAAUACUAUUGCAGAAGGUAGUACAGCCAUUUCGGACAUUUUUCUCUUGCACUACAGCCUAAUUUCUUCUUUGUUUAAUUUGAUGAAGAAGGUAGUUACAAAUUUCAUUUACACCUGAAGCGAGGCACAGAACCGUCUUUUGAUCCAUUAAUGCAAUGAUGCUUCCUUCAUGAACACGGAAGUGUAUUGUCCAAGAGGGCUGAUGUUCGGUGGCCUCAUGUGGGAGAGAGUGAAAUUUUUUCCAUGAAUUCUAGAAAACAACAGGGCUAACAAGCUAAAGGAAGAGUGGUCGGAGUCUGCUGUUAGCAGUGGCUUUCCUUGAGAAAGUUACAUCCAUGUUAAAAUAUGACAGGAGAGGUCUGUGAGGUAGAGAUGACUCUGUGCCUCCAGGAUGUUUUUGAAGAACUGCACUUGAUGUUUGGUCAGAUUUUGGCUUUGAACUUUUGCCAGGUUUUUAAAGAACACUACACACUCCAAGCAAAUCUGCUGCAUUUCUUCAUGCCUUCACGUUUUGCUUUCAUUUUACAUUUUAUGUACAAAUACUUUCAACAUUUUUGUAUCAAACGUGAAUUGCAAGCUGUGUGGAAUUGUUGUUCCUCCCUGACAUUUUUGGUGUGUAAAUAGUUUUCCUCCAUGUGUCUUAGAUGAAGAUACAGUGCUGUGGCUGCCAUAGAGAGAGUGACCAAACGAUGCUGUAACUGUGCUGCUGUACUUCUACCUGUGCUGUACUUGAAGGAGGAUGCCGUUGUCCACCUCCACUCUCAUUCUUUUUUCUUUCUCUUGUUUGGUUGGGGUGGUUUUGGUUUUGUUUUUUAAACCGUUGCUGGUGGUGUUCUCUCAUAGGUGUCUUAUUUUGGUUUGGGAUUUUUUUUGUUUUUAAAUAGCUGCCACCUUUUUCCUUCCUUCCUUGGACAAGUCAUCUUGUUUCGAGAUCUGUACAACUGUCUAGGUUUUAUAUGUCCUGAAGAAUGGAGGACCUGCUGGAAGAAGAGGUUUUGGACCAAUGUACUUCUGCUUUGUGACUGUGAAAUGUUAAUCUUUUUGUAACCUAAGAACAAAAAAUGUUUAGUAAAGGGAUAUAUUUUGUGUUUUUUGAAACUUUUCAGUGCAAUGAACAAAAGAGGAGGAUGCUGAAGAAGUGUAUGCGCAAAGUUUUAAAAUAAAAUUUUAAAUUAUAU